AUGGAUGUCUAUUUGGCAGCUAAGAACUACUUGUCCAAGAUGCUGAAUGUGGCUGGCACCGGAAUGAAAGUGUUGUUACUAGAUGAUGAUACGCUAAAGAUCAUCAGUUUAGUGUCAUCGAUGUCCGAAAUUAUGAAACAAGAGGUUUACCUUAUCGAUCGUAUAAGCUUACCACGGGAACCAUUGGAACACCUUCGUUGCAUCUGUUUUCUACGGCCCACAAAAGAAAACAUAAAUUUACUCUCACAAGAACUACGGAAACCGAACUACUUCGCUUAUUACGUAUUUUUCAGUCAUUCUUUAACCAAACAACUUUUAAAGCAACUGGCUGAAGCGGAUGAACACGAAGUCGUGGCUGAAGUGCACGAAUACUUCGCCGAUUUCAUGCCUUUGUCACCGUUUGUAUUUGAUCUUGACUUACCCACAAUUAUUCAGGGAACUCGAGAUCUUCGACCCGGUGUCCUGGAACGUUGCUCGGAAGGAAUUACAUCGGUUCUGUUGGCUCUCAAACAGAGUCCGAUUAUUCGUUAUCAAAACGCGUCAGAAUCUGCACGUCAUCUAGCCGAGUCCAUUCGUUCUCUAAUUUCACGGGAAACGGUUCUGUUUGAUUUCAAACAGUCUAGUGAUAGUCCUCUAUUGUUGAUCCUCGAUAGACGACACGAUCCGGUUACUCCACUUCUGACACAGUGGACAUAUGAAGCCAUGAUCCAUGAGCUGCUUGGUAUUCGUCAGAACCGUGUAGAUCUCUCACGGGCACCUAAUAUUAGACCAGAACUGAAAGAAGUAAGUUUGAACCGAGAAUUCGACGAGUUCUUUCGUGUCAAUCAAUUCGCUAAUUUUGGUGAGAUCGGCCAGUCAAUAAAAAAGCUUGUGGAAGAAUUUCAAGCUGCCUCGAAGUCGGUGGACACUAAAAAUGUGGAAUCGAUUGCUGAUUUGAAAAAGUUCCUGGAACAUUAUCCUUCAUUUCGGAAAGCUUCUGGAACCGUGGAAACUCAUGUCACUAUUGUAUCCGAGUUGUCCCGACUGGUAAAAGAACACGCACUUCUCGAGUUGAGCGAAGCAGAACAAGAGCUUGUUUGUCACGAUAACCACUCAGCCAGUCUUUCGCAAAUUCGAGGUUUAAUUCAUGAUCCCCGUGUACGACUCUCAGACGCAGUUCGGUUGGUUCUGUUGUAUGCUUUACGUUACGAUAAUCAGCGAAACGAACUUAACAAUUUGAUGAAAUCGCUGGUGCAACGCGGUGCUAGUGAAGACGAUUUGCAUAAAGUACAACAGCUGCUAAAUUACACUGGUCCACGGACGCGAUCUGAUGGUCUUACACUAUUUGGUGCCAUGAAGAAUGUUACCGGAGGUUCACAUGCAUUAAAUGGUCAAACUGCAUCCAGCGCGGUGGCAUCUUUAACCAAACGUUUAGUCAAAGGUCUGAAAGGUGUGGAUAAUGUGUAUACACAACACGAACCGUUACUAACUGAAAUUUUGACCGAUCUACUCAAAGGAAAGCUACGGGAUACUGCGUUUCCUUUUCUAUCUUCUGGUACAUCCUGGGCUUCCGUACAAUCCGGACAGCGACCAAGAAAAAUAAUUGUAUUCGUUGUCGGUGGUGCAACCUAUGAAGAGGCACAUGCAGUGCACAAAUUGAAUGCAUCCACACCAGAUGUGGACAUAAUUCUUGGUGGUUCUUUCAUGCACAACUCACGCACGUUCCUAGAAGAUGUUUGUUCCAGAGAGGCUCACAAUCGGUUGAGCCGUGUUGCCCAAGACACUAGAAUACAACCGCCUUCUAAUGUUUCAUCGAGGUCAUUUGGGAAAGAGCGAACUCAUGUGCGCUACAAUCUUCUGAAAUCGAGCUGA